AUGGAGGUUCUUGGGUCAUGCGAGAAAGAAGGGAGCGUUGAACCGCAUGAGCACGGGACGGAAGGGACAAAAGAGGUGGAAGAGCGUGACGGAAGGGGUAGUCCAAGGGUUGAGGAGAGCGCACAGAAGGAGGGCGCCCCGCUCACAAAGGAGGAGUUGCUUCAAAUCAUCGAGAGUCAAGAUCACACCCUUGAGGUCCUAAAGAAAGAGGCCGAAGCGCUCAAGAGGGGCGGAGGUGACCCGCUCACGCCUGGAUUGUAG